AUGGAAAAGAAACGCACUCCAUUCACAUCAACUAGUCCUCAGCAAGGAAACAGCAAGUCGCCGACUUCUACUCAGUCUCCGAGCAAAUCUCCCAAAUCCCCAAACAGCACCAAGUCUCCUGACAAGUCUUCGACUAAGUCUCCAAGCAAGUCUCCUAAACCUUCAAAAAAAGCAAAAGCAGACUGCAUAACGUCGCUUAGUUCUUCUGGAACUCAAUAUUUUAGGAGGGAAAGUCAUGGGGACGCCUUUGAAAGGAUUAAUAGCGAUCAAUACGUGGGUAUGUCGGAGUCAAUGUCUGGGUCAUCGUUAACUUUCAAGUGCGUCCAUGGCCCUGAGGGAAAGCAGUACACCGAUAAAGGACUGUUGAAAAGGAACCUCUUGAAAGAACUGGACCCUAUUCCUGUUGACCAGAAGUGGACAGAGCAAUGCCCUCCAGCAUACGGCUGGGACAUAGCCAGGAAACUGGAGUUCCUGGUCACCGACCCUGUAGGGGUUGACCAAGCCUUCCGCCUGGACACCCAUCUCCGGGAUUUAGCGAGAGUCUCUUACUAUGGAUAUAAAAUAGACUUAUUAGGCAGCGUGUGCACAGUCGUGGAUUACUUAGUGGAGACGUACCAUAAGAAACCUCAUCUAAAGGAACACUUGUUGAAGCUGCUCAUCAACAUGGAAAGGCCUGUACUCCUGAACGUAGCCUCCGAUGUGAUCAGUUACUUUGAUACUUUGAGGUCUUAUAUUGGAUUUUUGGGGUAUUUGCUUAUGCGUUUAGAAGACGAAGAUCUGUUUAGUCUGGUCAGCAAUGCUCUGAUCUGGCAGCUGUCUGUGCCUGACUGCAUCCGAGGCCACGGCUGUGCUCAUCUAAGGCACGUUCUGGCCGCUGCUCCGCCGGUUCUUUACCAAACCACGGUGAGGAUGCUGGCAGUAGCCAACGCGCACAGAUUCCCCACUUUCUUGGAAAUUGCUUUGCUCCUCGCUUGUGACUCAGUGGAUAACUGCAUCGAAAUGAUGAAGGAGAAUAUAAUAGAAAACAUAUUUUACCGCUUUAACCCGUACUUUCCUGAACGAGAAUUGCCAAUAUACGAUGUUAAUCCAGCAGAUCCUCAGGAUAUGAAUGUAAAACUGGGUGAUAGCACUGUUAAUAUAAGCACAACCCUUUCUUUACUCUUGGUGCUAGUUAAGACGACGAGGGAAUAUGUAGAACAGAACCCAGCCUACAGAAAGAUUCUUCCAUGUCCAGAUAUUUACAGUCAAAGAUGUUUUAUCUGGGCGUAUCGCUACGAGUGCCGCGCGCGGGAGCAUCAGAGUGAGAGGACCACACUGACGGUGUUCGCUGCCGUUCUUCUUGACAUCUUUAGAGAACGCCUGAAUGCAUUCUCCAUGAUUCUUAUGGGAGAUGUAAUGUCGCUGUCCGUAUUGACCGAGCUCCCGCCCAGGCCGGACUGGAUCCAGACGGUCAACUUCAACACCAGUCAGCAGGACGUCCAGUUCAAGAAGAUCCUUAUCAACCUAUGCGUGAACUUUAUCAAAAUUUUCCCAAGCAAUAUUUAUAUGGUGGAAUCCCGACUCUGGCUCAUGGGUCUAAUGUACCUGAUAGACCCUGGACUCUGCUACCUCAGGGCGAGGUGGUCCCCUGCCCUCUUUGCGGAGUUACGGAAAACUGCCCUCCAGGCGUUGGUGUGUGUGUUGCCAUACACACCUACAAAACUAGCAGGGGAUUACGGUUUAACCAGGAGGGUGAUGUGGUACAUCGAGUGGUAUUCCGAGAGUCCGUACGAGCUGCCGGUGCUGUAUUGGUGCGUCCGACUGCUGCACGUCAUCAUCAGCAACAGAGACCCGGCAGACCAGAGAACCUCUCUGCGGGACCUCUUCGAUACUCACGGGGUUAUAAUUAUCAUACAUCUCUGCUACACGCUGCUGGAGUGCAAGACGCCUCCUGUGGAAAAGAGCCAGCUGAUCAUCGCUCUCUGUCUGCGCCUGCUCACACACGCGGUGGACGUGAACAAGCGACUGACGUGCUGCGUGUACCCCAGCAUCAAGUGGCCUCACGCCAUCAACGCCCUCAUCAAGAAGAUGCUGGACUCUGUUCUGUUCUCGCUUGACAAGCACUUCAUUGUGAAUGAUAGAUGGCUGGUUGCGUUGUUAAACCUCAUCUGGGAAGGAAUUAUUUGGAGAUCCGACUACAGGGCCAUAUUCAUAUCAAACAACGGGAUUUACAAACUUUUAGACUUGAUUUCUAUGACAAGGGCUCCAGUCCAGUGCAUCGCGUUGGCGAUGUUAUGCGACGUAGCAUGCGCGGGCGACGCGGUUGGCCAGCUCGUGUCUUGGCGAGCCACCAUGGGCGCUAGUCAUGCCAAUCCGAUGACGGUAAAGCGAGGGGCGACGAUCGCUACCCUGCUGGCUGCCAUAUUUAGAGACGAAUGCCACCGGACCGGUGUCCGUCUAAAUGAAAAUGGAAUAAUACAAGAUCUGGACUAUCCAUUGAUGUCAGCGGACGUGAAGAGUGCAAUGUUCGGGCCCGACUUCAAACAUGGCAAGAGCAAACGAACCGUAAUGUGCUAUGCAGCUGCUGACUUGGCCGGUUCACGCUUGUCUAAGACAUUUGCGCUAUUACACAUGCUGUCAGUGGAUUUAGAUUACAUAGUUUCAUUGGCGGACGAAGCUUAUAAUAUGUACAAAAAUAUCAAACUGGCGCCAGAAGACGAGGCAGUGCUAACGUUAUGCUCCCACUACUUCACCGUAAAGCUCAACGAGGUAUGGCAGGAGACUCAGAUCCAAUGCCCGAACUUGCUGCCUCAAGACCAUGACGUUCUGGCUGAGUUUCUUCACAUUGGGAAAGGUUGGGCAAAGGAAAUUAAACUCCAACAGGAAGAUUUAAUAGAAAAAGAUAGAAAGAAGGAGUUCGAAGAAGAGUGUUCGCUCUACGCGUUCCUAGCGCGCGUGCGCCUGAACAUAGCUUUAGACGCGCUGCGCGAGGUGCGGUGCGUUGCGCGCUCAGCGGAUCGCUCGCGAAUGACGCACGCGCUGAUCCACGACGCGGUACUGGCGCACCACCGCCGCUCCGUCUUCUCCAGGAGGCUGGACGCUCCCGUCUUGAGGACUUACGGACCGUCUUUGGAUGACCAGAACAUAACAGGGCAGUACGUUAAAGUUUACAGCAUACUGCCAAAAGACAAGCCCAAGCCGAGGGAGGACAAUAUGUCAUCGACGUCAUAAUUUUCUUCUUAUUUAAUAGCAUACUUAAUAAAUGUAAUAAUAAAACAUUUAAUUUCUUUAGUAGUGUUUA